AAUUAGUGACUUUGCAGAUUCCUUAUUUAAAGGGAGCUGGAGGGCGAGUGACACAAAACUCUCCUGCUACCUGCAGCACAAAGACUGAAGCAGAGGAGUUCUCAAGGAUCUCCAACAUCUCUACUCAGCAGAAUGAAAUACGCACAGUAUGUUUUCCUGGCCUCGGUCUUCUACACUGUUGAAUAUAGCCUAGCUCAGACGUGUGCAGUGGAGUCUUUCUCUGUCAAAGACAAUUUUGAUCCAAAAAGGUACGCAGGGAAAUGGUAUGCCCUGGCCAAGAAGGAUCCAGAAGGCCUUUUCCUUCAGGACAACAUCUCUGCUGAAUACACUGUGGAGGAAGAUGGUACAAUGACAGCAUCCUCCAAAGGACGAGUGAAGCUUUUCGGUUUCUGGGUGAUCUGUGCUGACAUGGCUGCUCAGUACACAGUACCUGACCCAACCACUCCAGCAAAAAUGUAUAUGACCUACCAGGGACUGGCCAGCUAUCUCUCCAGUGGUGGGGACAACUACUGGGUGAUUGACACUGACUAUGAUAACUAUGCCAUCACCUACGCCUGCCGCAGCCUGAAGGAGGACGGCUCCUGUGAUGAUGGCUACUCCCUGAUCUUCUCGCGCAACCCCCGCGGCCUCCCCCCAGCCAUCCAACGCAUUGUGCGCCAGAAGCAGGAAGAAAUCUGCAUGUCUGGCCAGUUCCAGCCUGUGCUUCAGUCAGGGGCCUGCUAAAAGUAUGCUUCUGAUCCUAUCCUUAAGCACAGAAACCAGACCUCUUGGUCUUGAAGUUGCCACUCAAUUAAUAAUAAUAAAAAAAUCAUAGUAUGGAAUAGUGUGUUUUUCCUGAAAAACACAUGACAAUAUUGGGGGAUCUUUAAACAGUGUGCAAUAUAAUAGUGAUAUUUGAAUUUUCAAGGAAAUACCUAAUGUGGCAUUUGUCAAUAAAUGUUUUUGAAA